AUGAAGCUGACGAAGCUCUUUGUCGAAAAGGGUGCAGCAGGGAUCCACAUUGAGGAUCAAGCUCCAGGCACCAAAAAGUGCGGUCACAUGGCCGGAAAGGUGUUGGUGCCAAUCUCUGAGCACAUCAAUCGUCUGGUCGCCAUUCGUCUCCAGUACGACAUUAUGGGCGUCGAGAACCUCGUCGUUGCUCGUACCGACUCCGAGGCUGCUACCCUCAUCACCACCAACGUCGAUGAGCGCGACCACAGCUUCAUUCUGGGCACCACCAACUCUGCCCUUCCUCCUCUCGUCGAUGUCCUCACAAAGGCAGAGGCAGAAGGCAAGAGCGGCGAUGCGCUCGGUGCCAUCGAGGCCGAAUGGACCGCAGCUGCCGACUUGAAGCUCUUCUCUACUGCCGUUGCGGAAGAGCUGAAGAAGCGCGGAGGAAAUGCCGAAGCUUUCCUCGCCGAGGCUUCCGGAAAGUCGAAUAAGGUCGCGCGUCAAAUCGCCACCAAGCACGGAAUCGACGGACACAGCUUCUUCUGGGACUGGGACGGACCUCGUACCCGCGAGGGCUACUACCAGUACCAAGGAGGAACACAGUGCGCCGUCAACCGUGCCAUUGCUUUUGCUCCUCACUCUGACUUGAUCUGGAUGGAGACCAAGUCUCCCAUCCUCGCUCAAGCCAAGGAGUUUGCCGAGGGAGUUCGCAGCGCUGUUCCAGGACAAUGGCUGGCCUACAACCUCUCCCCUUCCUUCAACUGGGACGCUGCCAAGCUGAACACGGACCAGAUGAAGUCUUAUGUCUGGGAGCUGGGCAAGCUGGGUUUCGUCUGGCAAUUCAUCACUCUGGCCGGUCUGCACUCCAACGCCUACAUUUCCGACCACUUUGCAAAGGGCUUCUCCACCGAAGGAAUGAAGGCCUACGUCGAGCUCGUCCAGCGAAGAGAGAGGGAGAUUGGCUGCGAUGUUCUCACUCACCAAAAGUGGUCCGGUGCGGAAUACGUCGACAACCUGCUCAAGACCGUCACUGGUAAGUUUGGCGCGCGCGCAGUGUCUUGGUGUGAUGGGAAGACCAGUCGCUCAUUCGUGCACUCUCCUUUAUUUUUGCAAAUAGGCGGCAUCUCCAGCACGGCAGCCAUGGGCGGUUACAACAGCGAGUCUCAAUUCAAGUAG